GUGUAGAGGAACAUGUGCUGCUUUCUUUUAUGACAAAGCUGUGAAACUGCGUUUGUUAACUGUGGAGGUGUAGGGUACUCGGGUGUAUCUUUGUGUGCGUGCUGUGUGUCUCCGAGGCUCGUGCAGUUUCAGAGUAUCCGGAAACAUGCCGAAAAGGGCCAAGAAAGCCGAAGAGGGUUCUGCAGAUGGCGGUAACAACAAUGGAACAGAAACGGCAGUGAAGAAAGCAAAGAAGGCAAAGGAACCAGAGCAGCCCAUUCUGUAUGAAGAUCCGCCGGAUAAGAUGACCAGCAAGGAUGGCCGUGCAGCCAACAUGAAGAUAACAUCUUGGAAUGUAGAUGGCCUUCGUGCCUGGGUUAAGAAGAAUGGAAUUGGUUGGGUGCGUCAGGAAGCUCCAGAUGUGAUCUGCCUUCAGGAGACAAAGUGUGCUGAAAGAGCCUUGCCAAAAGAGAUCACCUCCUUACCAGAGUAUCCACAUAAGUACUGGGCUGGAUCUGAAGACAAAGAGGGGUACAGUGGGGUGUCCAUGCUAUGCAAAACUCAGCCUCUCAGUGUCACCUAUGGCAUUGGAAAAGAUGAGCAUGACAAGGAGGGGCGUGUGAUCACUGCUGAGUUCCCAUCGUUCUUCUUGGUCACGGCCUACGUGCCCAACGCAGGGCGCGGUUUGGUGCGACUCGAAUACCGCAAGACAUGGGAUGUGGACUUCCGUGCCUACCUCUGCAACCUGGACCAGCGCAAGCCCUUGGUGCUGUGUGGUGACCUCAACGUGGCCCAUCAAGAGAUCGACCUCAAGAACCCAAAGGGCAACCGCAAGAAUGCUGGCUUCACCCCCGAGGAGCGUGAAGGCUUCAGCCAGCUCCUUGCCACUGGAUUCACCGACACCUUCCGUGAGCUGUAUCCAGAGCAGACCAAUGCCUACACCUUCUGGACCUACAUGAUGAACGCCCGGGCCAAGAACGUGGGCUGGCGGCUGGACUACUUUUUGCUGUCAGCCGCCUUGCUCCCUGGCUUGUGCGACAGCAAGAUUCGUAGCACUGCCAUGGGUAGUGACCACUGCCCCAUCACCCUGUACCUGGCUGUGUAGGGUUGAUCCCUUGUAACUUCAGUAUAUAAUCUCAUUCUCAAGUAUCUAAGGGCAGGGGUAGAUUUUAUUUUGGAAUCCCCCCCAAUCAAUUUAGAUCUUCACAUUAACACAGUAAUGUGUAGUUUAAGAUUCUCUAUAUCUCUCUCUCUCUCUCU